AUGAGACCCGAAUACCGGGAUCCGACGAAAGUGAACACCAUUAACGAAUCACAAAGUCCCCGGACACAUUCGGUCCGACCAAAUUACACCACCAUAUACACAGAGUACCGCACCGUUGCUAACAUCCCUCGAGUCUCUGUGUAUUGGGAUUUUGUUGAUCAGACGAGCAGUAUGGGCCUCGUUCUGAAGGCGGUGGGCGCCUACGUCCUGUAUAUUAUCUCACGGGCAGUAUACAAUGUAUUUUUCCAUCCAUUAGCCAGAUUCCCUGGUCCGAAGAUAUGGAGCGCCUCUCGACUUCCCUACCUGUUCACCCUCGUCAUUGGACAAAACUCAUUCCGCAUCAAAGCGCUUCACGACGAGUAUGGUCCAAUCGUACGUGUCGCGCCCAACGAACUGCACAUCAACGAUCCUCGGGCCUGGAACGACAUCUAUUUGAGAAAAGACAGCGAGAUCCGCCCUCCACAAUGGGGGAUGAGACCACCAGGGAUCGAGUCCUAUAAUGUCAUUUCUGGGGUUGGCGCCGACCACGCACGGUUUCGCAAAGCAUUGGGAUUGGCCUUCUCUGAAGACGCCGUCAAAGAGUACGAGCCUACAGUGCGCUCCUACUUCAACAAAUUCACCGCCCGCAUCGACGACCUCAUUGCGAAGAACAAGGGCUCUGCCGUCGUCGAUAUGGUCAAGUGGUCUAACUUCACUACAUUCGACAUCAUCGGCGAGCUGGCGUGGUCGAAGUCGUAUGGCUGUCUGGACACCGGCGCAGGACAUGCAAUUAUGGGCGUUCUAUCGCAUUUCCAGGGCGUCAUCAUCGCCGCAGCUAUCACGUACUAUCCCUGGAUAAACAACGCUCUCAUGGCGAUUACACCGAGGUCUGCUUUCGAAGACUUGAAAAUGAUCUUCAACGACGGACAUGAGCGGCUGCAAAACCGCCUCAAGAAUGGUCCAAGCGGCCACCCAGACGUCCUGGGCCAUCUCGCAGAGUACAACAAGCAGAACCCGACAGCCAAGAUAACAGACGACGAAAUCGAGCAGAACGUCUUCUCCUGCCUCGUCGCGGGAUCUGAGUGCCUAACUACAGCCUUCUCCGGCGCCCUCCACUACCUCCUCGUCUACCCCUCCAAGCUCCACCGAGCACAACAAGAAGUCCGCGCUGCAUUCUCCUCCGAAGCAAGCAUAAACGCGACCGAUGCCGCAAAACUAGAAUACCUCAACGCCAUCAUAGAGGAAUCCCUCCCUCCACCCCCACCCCCAUCGCAGGAACCCUCAUCCCCCUCCACCGUCGUCUCCGUCUCCUGCUACUCCAUGUUCCGCAGCGCCUCUCAUUUCUCCGCCCCCGACGUCUUCGCCCCAGAGCGCUUCUUACCAUCGCCCUCCACCGACGACUCAUCAAAGUGGUCCCCAGACUCACCCCUGAACCACAACGACAUGGCUGCGUUCAAGCCCUGGGGCGUAGGCCCGCGCGAAUGUCCAGCUCAGCCUCUAGCUCGGCUGGAGAUGCGGCUUUUCCUAGCGAUAUUGCUGUAUAGGUACGAUUUUAGGGUUGCGGAGGGGAGUUACUUGACGAGGUGGACGAGUCAGAGGGUUUUUGAGACGUGGCAGAAGGAGAAGAUGGAUGUGGAGUUCACGCCGGCUAGUUCCUCCAUGGGAGAGACCUUGCCUGUAGCGGCACCGUAG